AAAAUAAAGAAAAUGGAUAUAAAUGGGUUCAGCGCUGGCUCGUGGAAGGCACACGCUUGAUGCGUCUCUCUCUCUCUCUCUCUCUCUCUCUCUCUCUGGGAUGCGAUUCAGAUUGGGUCCUUUCCUUGACAACAGCAAUCAGCACAUCCCUCACUCGAAUGCGAAAAUGGAUCAGUGGAAGCCGCAAGACUCUGCUUCAGACUCAGCAUCUCAACACGUCACUGUCAACCCUAACCGCUUCCGCAACUCACAGCUCUCGAGAGAGAGGGAGAGGGGUGAAGGAGGAGAAGGUGAGGAUCCCAGCGCUGCACGAAAGGUUCAGAAGGCAGACCGCGAGAAACUCAGAAGGGAUCGACUCAAUGAACACUUUCAAGAGUUAGGAAACACGUUAGAUCCUGAUAGACCAAAGAAUGACAAGGCAACCAUCCUUACUGAGACCGUCCAAAUGCUAAAGGACUUAACCGCAGAGGUGAAUAGGCUGAAAAAGGAGCAUAAAGCACUUUCGGAAGAGUCACGCGAAUUAAUGCAAGAAAAGAAUGAACUGAGAGAAGAGAAGACAUCUUUAAAAUCUGAAAUAGAAAGUCUUAAUGGGCAGUAUGAGCAGAGAGUGAGAAUCAUGUUUCCAUGGACUGCAAUUGACCACUCUGUUGUCAUGAGUUCACCUUACUCAUAUCCAGUUCCCAUACCAAUCUCUCCUGGUCCAAUAUCCAUUCACCCAGCUCUUCAACCUUUUCCUUUCUUUGGAAAUCAAAAUCCUGGUCACGUACCUAACCCUUGUUCAAUGUAUGUCCCAUAUCCUACUCCAACUAACCCACUGGGAGAGAUUCCACCAGCUCAGUAUGCUUCCACAUCCGUCUCUAACCAAAAAGAAUCACCAAGCAAGUCACCAAUUUAUAGAAGGCCCAUUGAUGCCGAAAGAUGUAGCACGUCUCACGAUGUGGCCACAGAGCUUGAACUUAAGAUGCCGGGCUCAUCGUCAACACAACAGGAUUGCAGUUCUGGAGAAAGAAAAGGCAAGCAUUCAGUGAUGAAGGAUAAAAUCAUCACAGAUGGGAGUGCUUCAAGCCAGUAUUCUUCAUCUCAAGGACUUCAAGAUAGCUCCAACAGCGUGGGAGACAACCCAAAGACUGAUAAUUGAUAUUAUAUAUGGAUUCUUGUACCGUUUAUCCACAUCAUAUAUGCUUAGUAAUGCUUAUUCCUUGGUCUGAGUUUUGGCAAUAGAUUACAUCAUUUCUAAAACAAAAUGAUUAUGAUUCUUACCCACUUUCUUUUCUGUAGUACCUUGGGCAGCUGAAAGAUGAUGCUUGGUCUAGAUGUAUGUAUUCCUUGGUUAACCACUACAGUUUACAGCAUCAUAACCCAAUAUGGAGGUUACAAACCUCACACAGUAACCCACCUUUGAGCCAUCUUAGUGCUGUAAGAACCUCUCCGACAAUGUAAAUAUAGCUUAGCAUGUGAGGACUAUGAAUUAUCAAUAUAGUUAUUGCAAAACUUUGUGAGUUGUU